UUUAAAAGUUUUUUUUUUUUUUGAAAAGUUUGUUUAUUGCAAUUGUGAUAAUGUGGUAUUUUGUAUUGUGUCUGUUUAUCCUGCCCAUGCCGUAUGUGGACGGCUCACUCGCAGAUGAAAUGGCUGAAACGACGCAGUUGUGUUGCAACCAAGGGACAGCGUACGCCCAAAAUCAUACUGUUGAAGACUGCUCCUCAUCAGUACCGCCUCCCGUGCCUGCGUCAUUUGAUUCGCUGUGUAUAUUCGCCAUGGAUCAAUGUUGUAAAGAAUAUUUUACGAAAAAGAUUGACUGCGAAAAUGGAAUCGACGUAGCGAAAAGUUUGAAAAGUUGCGGAUCGACGAAAGAUUCAGCAAAGAAAUGUUGUGACCAGUGCAAGUCAGGGGCUAUUAUAGGUAAAGCCCGGGGCGCUGCCUCUUGCUCAGUGUCGGUGCACGGUAAGAGCGCUGAGCAACUAUUAGCCGGAGAAGCUUUCUCACAAUGUUGCAAGGAUGCAGUCAAAGAUAGUAGUAAUUCCCAAGACAAACAUCGAGAUUCAGUAUCACAACCAAAACCAACCGAGAAGGAUUUGUCAAUGAUAGCAUCUAAAUGUGAGGAAUACGCGCCAAACGAGCUAUGCGCCCAUCAUUGUAUCCCCGUACCUGGUUCAUACAAAUGCGAAUGUAAUCCUGGAUUUAUGCUUAUGCAUGAUGGGAAAAACUGUAAAGAGGUAACAAAGAACAGAUGUAAGCCACACAACCCAUGUCAUCACAAAUGCAACGACAAUGGCAUUGAAGUGAAAUGUUCCUGCAGAAGGGGCUAUCAGCUGAUGGCUGAUAAGAAAUCUUGCGAAGGAUCUGUUCUUGUUUUAGAUAUAGAUGAAUGCGCCUUGGAUCCUCCCUUAUGUCUGCCAGAUACUCAGUGCUUCAACAUUCAGGGUUCAUAUAAAUGUAUUCCUGUGAAAAAUCCCAAAUCUAGUCACGAAAUUGGUCAGUGUCCUCCAGGAUUUGCAAAGAAUUUUCUCAAUAACGCUUGUGACGAUAUAAACGAAUGCAAGUUACCCACCCCUCCUUGUCCCUCUUACCUCUGCCAGAAUACAAUAGGUGGGUACAAAUGUGGAGGGCUCACCGGAGAUCCUCUGAAGUUUUUCAGUAAACAAAAACCACACGUAGAAGAUAGAUGUCCUCCCGGUUUCAAAAGUGGAUUAAGUGAAGAAUGUGAAGAUAUUGAUGAAUGUUUAAUGGGUAAAGAUGAUUGCAAUAAUAUGUCCCAGUUCUGUAUAAAUACGCGCGGAUCAUUCCAUUGUCAAGAUAAAGGUUCGAAGCACUGUCCACCCGGAUUCAAAAAUAACGCCAUCACCAAUAAGUGUGAAGAUAUCGACGAGUGUGAAGACGGUCAAGAUAUAUGCAGACCAGAUCAGAUUUGUGUCAAUGUGCUUGGCGAAUAUGACUGUAAACCAAAAAUUGAUCCAAGGAAUACCAAAAUAAAGUGUCCUGAAGGCAUGAGAUGGGAUCCGGCUAUGAAGCAAUGUGAUGACAUCGACGAGUGUGUGGAAGGGACACACCUCUGUGAUCAAUACCAGAACUGUUUGAACACUAACGGCAGUCACGAAUGUCACUGUAAACUAGGAUUCGAAUUGGAUUCUACUCUUGGAGCUUGUGUUGAUAUAAAUGAAUGUGCGACCGAUCAAAACAACUGCAUCCCGGACUCCCAACGCUGUGACAACACGGUCGGCUCUUUCCUCUGUAUCAGACUGUUGUCUUGUGGAACUGGCUACAUCAUUCACCAUUCCUCCAGUACUUGUGAAGAUAUAGACGAGUGCGCUCUGGGCACUCACAACUGCGACCGUGCGGGCCCCGAGUACCAAUGUGUAAACAUACCUGGCUCCUUUCGCUGUCAGAGGCGCCACACACCAACGCCAGUAUACGAUUACGAGUACUACGACUCAGAAGAGGAAAUUGAUGAAAAAGACAUAAGUCAAAACAACUCGAAAUCUGAAAACGUAACGACUACAACGCCUAAUCCGACUACAAUUGAAGUAAAAACCGUAUCGAUACCCCAACCUACAGAACCCACACCUGAAGAGCCAAUAGUCAUACCUAUUCCAGAAAAACCAGCUGAUCCUUUUGACAAUAGUAUAAUUAAUGAGCCAGAACAAUCAAAACCAACUCAACAAAUACCAGAAGAUAGAAAAAUAUUUAAUAGCAUCCAACCACCUGGUGAACCGAAUUCUCUUCCUCAACCACAAGAACCAGAAUACAAACCUAUAGAACCAGAUUAUAAACCCAUAGAACCAGAAUACAAACCCAUAGAACCAGAAUACAAACCCAUAGAACCAGAAUACAAACCCAUAGAACCAGAGUCUCAACCAACCGAACCUACCAAACCUGAAACUAAGCCUACUGAACCAGAAUAUAAACCUGAAGUGUAUCCUAAAACUCCUGAAACUACUAACAGUCCUAUACCAGAAGAACCAACUCCACCAAUCGUUAUUACUGUAAGUGUCACUGAAGAAACAGCAACGGUUAAAGGACAUAAAAAUUACGACGGUUCGGUUGUAGUCGAUACUAAUAAAGUUCAAAAAGACAAAUGGACUGUUAUCAAUCAAAAACCAACAGAUUGUCAAGCUGGAUUUGAAAUGGAUGAUUAUGGUGCUUGUUUUGAUAUCGAUGAAUGUGCCACAAAUCGCCACAGCUGCUCCGGUUUAACAGAAUCAUGUCGUAAUACUAUGGGAGGUUAUAUGUGCAAUUGUGCGAUUGGAUUUAGGAGAGAUUUGCCUACAGGAGCUUGCAUUCCUACUACGUCUUCAUCAUCUACUACUAGUACUUCUACUAGUACUUCUACUAGUACUACUACUAGUACUUCCACUAGCACUACCAGUACUACUACACCAACACCUCCAACUUCAUCUAGUACUAAAGAUUACUUUUGGGGCUAUCCAGAUCCUCGAAGUAUGACAUCGAGACCUUUUAGACCGAGAAACAAUUGCGAUGUCGGGUACCGUUGGAAUCCUAACAACAGAAAGUGUGAAGAUGUAAAUGAAUGCACAAAUGGACAAGCAAACUGUGCUACUGGGGAGGUUUGUAUCAAUACAGACGGUGGUUAUAGGUGUGAAUGUUUACCGAACUGGAGACUCGACCUCGACAGACACAGAUGUAUGCCGGUCUGGGAUGGUGAGAGAUUCCCGCCUGGCUAUAAAAAUCUACCAGUUUAUCCCAAAUUCGAUGCUAACGCUAUAAUACCAGAAACCAAAGGCACUGUAAACGUUACUAUCGCAGAAGAUAAACAUAAUGAAGACAGACGAACAAAACGCAGAUGUCCUCUGGGAUAUAGACUUAGUAGGGACGAUACUUGUGAAGACAUCGACGAAUGCACAACUGGGGAAGCCCAGUGCGGCCCGCUCCAGCAGUGCACAAACCUGCGCGGCGGGUACACGUGUAGCUGUCCACUGGGCUUGAGGCUGGUGGGCGACCACCAGUGCGAGGAUAUUGACGAGUGUUCGCUUAGCGGCCCGCCAGUGUGCUCACAACACGCAGACUGCCUGAACACGAUGGGUUCAUACCAGUGCCACUGCCACAAGGGAUUUAAGUCAGCUCCAAUAAACGAUAAGGUGUGUGUGGAUGUAGACGAAUGUCUAGAGGCUCGAGCAGGAACAUUGUGUGAACAACGGUGUAACAAUGUGUGGGGCGCCUUCCGCUGUAGCUGUCAUCGUGGAUACCGUCUCAAUGCAGACAAUCGUACGUGUUCCGAUGUGGACGAAUGCACGGAGUUCAAACACAAGAAGCUGUGCAUCGGGCGCUGUCUCAACGAGCCGGGCAGCUACCGGUGCAGCUGCCCGCCCGGGUACAGGCUCGCGGAGGACAACAGGAGUUGCGUCGACAUCGACGAGUGCGAGACGGGCGCGGCGCCGUGCGCGGGCGGCGCGCCGGCGGCGGGCGCCAGCGACGUGUGCCUCAACACGCGCGGCGGCUACCGCUGCCACCGCAUCGCCUGCCCGCCCGGCUACCGCCUCGAGAGCAAGCAUCUCGGCUUUCACGAGGUGGAGCUGUUCACGAUGCGCGGGCCGGCGUGGCGCCUCGCGCGCAUGCGCUUCCAGCUGCGCGUCGUGAGCGUCGACGCGCCGCCCUCCGUCGCCGAGCCCGCCGACAUCUCCGCCUUCUCAUUGGUUCAAACCGGAAAUCAAGCUGUAACAUCUCUCGUCCGACCUCUAAUAGGACCUCAGAGCAUAGAACUGGAGCUAUCUAUGGAACUCUACAGCGGGGAACAGUUCGGAGGGAUAGCUGUUGCGAAGUUGUUCAUAUACGUAUCGGAAUAUGAGUUUUAGAUAUUGUAAUAAAGUUUUAAUUUGUU